ACACUUUGUCCCAACGAAGCGGAGGCCGCGAUAGCGGCGCGCCAAUGGCGGCCGUUUUGAGCUCGCGGUUAUUUUCAACCGCGCGAGUUUAUCGGCAACAGUUCAACCAGAAAUGUUAUCUGCUCGGUGAAAUUGGGCAACAAGUCCGGGGUUCGUUUUUUUUUCCACCGGAGAUUCUAGUCGAUUGGGACGUAACGAUCCGCACUCGAAAUGGCCAAAGGGAACAAAAUCAAAUUGUUGGACGACAUGUCCACCGGCGACAGGGUGGUGCUGUGCCUCAGCGAACUAGGCGGUACCGCCAUUUUGGUGUUUCUGGGGUGCAUGGGCUGCGUAACUGAUAUUACUUCAGCUAAGGCGAUCCCGCACGAGCAAAUUUCGCUGACGUUCGGACUGGCGGUCAUGAUCGCCGUACAGGUAUUCGGUCACGUGUCGGGGUCCCACAUCAAUCCCAUCGUGACGGUGACCGCCGCUACGCUGGGUCACAUCGCCCUGAUCCGGGUGCCCAUCUAUUUCGUCGGUCAACUCUUGGGUGCCCUUUUGGGUUUUUCCCUAUUGAAGAUAUCCACGCCUGCGGAGUACAUGGGCAACCAGAUCCUCAACGGUACAGUUAAAACUCCGGGAGUUUGCUCGCCCGGAAUAACGGUCAGUCCGGGUCAGGCCUUUCUGGUGGAGUUUUUGGCGACGCUGAUCUUGGCGCUGGUGUGCGGAGGCGUGUGGGACCACAGGAACAGCAACAAGCACGAUUCCGUGCCCAUAAGAUUCGGACUGACCAUCGCGGUGCUGGCUAUGGCGGCGGGCCCCUACACCGGCGCCCACAUGAACCCGGUCAGGAGUUUUGCGCCUGCGCUGUUUAACGGAGACUGGGAUCACCAUUGGCUGUACUGGUUGGCGCCUUUGAGCGCCGGCUUCUUCGGCGGCCUCCUUUACCGAUUCAUCUUUUCCACGGAGCCGCCCAAAAAAAUCGAGGAAGCCGUGGAAAGUAUCCCGCUCAACGACCACGCUAAAGCGUAAAAGAAGAAGAGGAGUUCGUCGUUUUGUUUCUCGUUACUUCGAAAUAUAUAUAUAUUUUUCCGUA